CAGCAGCAGCAGCAGCAACCUUUAAACCUGAACUUGUAUGGAUUUCUUUUAUUUAUGCAUGUGACAGCGUUUCCUGGACCUUUUCUGCGUAAAACCUGUCAGAGAUGUUUUGGUUCCAGCAAGGAUUGUGCUUUCUACCAGCGUUUCUGGUCGUCUGGUCAUCCAGCACUUUUAUUAUUUCCUACCUGAUUGCGCUUUUUAGAGAAGAUGUCGAUGUGAUCUUCCCCUACAUAAGUGACACAGCUGCAAACCCCCCAGAGAGCUGCAUUUUUGGCUUGAUGACUAUCGUUUCUGCAUUUGCAGGAACCUCCACCAUCUAUGCCAGGUACAAGUUUGUGGAGAAGCUGACUGAGGACACAGCAGUUAUUCGUCCACGACUGAAUCAAUUUGUUCUUGUGUUGGGGUUGUUGUCUUGUUUGGGCAUGUGCAUCGUGGCUACUUUCCAGGAAACAACACUGCAAGCGGUUCAUGAUAUAGGAGCCCUGCUGUUCUUCAUCACUGGUGUCUUAUACACCAUCUUCCAGACUUGUAUAUCUUAUCGUGCCUAUCCAUAUGGGUCCUCCCUGAGUGUGUGUCGAACUCGUUUGUGUAUCGCCAUCCUCGCGGUUGUAGCAUUCUUCCCCACUUUGAUUUGUGCGUUUUUUGUGAAACAAAGCACUCUGCACAGAGACAAAUAUGACGAGGACUAUCCCUACCAUGUAGCCAGCGCUGUGUGUGAGUGGAUCGUUGCCUUCAGCUUCGUCUGCUUCUUCCUCACAUACAUCCACGAUUUCAAAAUGUUUACCUUACGAGUGAAAACGGAUUAUGUGGAGUAGCCCGGAUCAAUCUGCAAAAAACAUGGUACAAAAAUCAUUAUCAUCGGUGAAAAAAAUGUGCCUCAAUUUUUUUUGGGAAAUGUUUGCACUAUUAUACCGCACAGCUUUUCUUAGAUUAUGUGUUUUGAAUCACCUGAUUGAUUUUUUUUUAGUACAAUAGGUACCUUUUAUGUUAUUUAUACAUUUUGUACAACAGGCGUGUUUGUCAGGUGUGUCAUUAUAGAGAAAAAAAAGACAACUGACCACAACCUUUAUACGUUUUCAUCCUCAUUAUACUUAGUUACAGAUGAAUUCAUAAAUCCACAUAAUUGCUGCAUGUGUUCAAAUGUCACUUUGCACUUUGCACUCGGUUGUUGCCACAGCAGCGUGACACAUGAGACCUGUGACCACUAUAAAGAGAAGUUCAUCACACAGUUAACACAUGAUCGCUGUGCAAGUGGUUAAAUGAGAAAACAAAACUAAUGAUGCUUUUCUCUCUCUCUGUGGGGAUUUAGCAGUCUGAUCUGUUUUCUUAGAAACUGUAAACUGAAAUGUCACACUGAUACUGUGUGAAGGUGCUUAUUCAUUCUUAAGUGUUGGGAUUAUUGUUCAAAAGCUGCCACUUUCUUACCUGAGUUUGUAUUAUUUUUGUAGUAUCUUACAACUGUACCCUCUUUGAAGCAUUAUGUGACAAAAUAUUAGGGAGAAAAAAAACAUCUUAAAUCUUGAAAUACUCCAAUCAAGAGUUCUGGUUCUGAAUCAGGGCUCAGACUCUUGUUCUACAGUGCAGCUACAGUAUGAAUGUAAUCUUGCAUGUGUCUACAAACUUUUAUAUGUCUCAUUCAACAGGUAUUUGGCCAAUUAGUAGAAUGAAUCAAGCUGUAAAACUGCCAAAUUUGAUAUUUUUCUUAAGUAAAAUAUAUAGGGCUGUUUAGAAUAAGGCAUUUAUUUCAGUAUGCUCUCAGGCAGAUAAAUAUAGCCUCUGUGCCUCAGUGGUUCCCAAACAUUUUUCACUCCUGACCCCUGGAAAUCCAAUUGAAAUCCUAUUUAAUCAACCCUCUUUGGAGUCAGAGAUAAUGUCAGCAUGUUUUUUUAAAUGUAUUGUUAAUAUUUUCAUUUUAUUAUUAUAUGAAGAAAGGAAGUGUCUGAGGUUUGUUUGGUGACAUU